AUGCAGUCAACAAAUUAUCUCCAGUUGACACUGGCGAUACUCAAGCCGCACGUCGUUAAAUCCCCGUUCGUUCUUCAGAAAAUUCGCGAUUUAAUAAUUGACAAUAAUUUCAAAGUUGUCAGAUCGCGCAGAACGACGAUAUCUUACGAGGAAGCCGAAUUAUUUUACAAGGAGCACAAGGAUAAAUUCUUCUACAAUCGUCUCUUAACUUUCAUGUGCAGCGGUCCAUCAGACAUUUACAUUCUGGCGCAUCACGACGCUAUCGCAAAGUGGCGUCAGCUGAUGGGUCCUACAAAAGUUUAUCAAGCGCAAUAUAAUGCACAAGAUACUAUCAGAGGGAUGUUUGGUCUCUCGGAUACUAGAAAUGCCACGCACGGAUCUGAUUCGACUGAAUCCGCAAAAAGAGAAAUAAUGAUAUUCUUUAAAGACUUUAACAUAAACAAGUGGUACAGCAGUGAGGAAAUAUUUUAUAACUUGGGAAAAUUACAUUUCGAUCCAAUGUCCUUUGUGCACACCAUUGACAAGACUGAACAAGACACAAAAUAA